UACUUCUUCAUUUUGGCGUAGAAAUAUAACCGAGGAUCUCCUGUACUUACCGAAGUAUAGUCACAGCUCACCGCCUACACAGUUUUAGUAAACGCCAAGUGGGAGGAGAGAGGCGCCAUUUUGUUGUAGCCUCUCAGAGCCUUGACACUGGAAUGCAGAUUCUAGAGCGGCAGUCACGUGACUACAACACCCAGCUCCCUUUGCGGCAGUAAAUGUGUAUCCUUUGAUAGUUCCAGGUAGGAGCUGCCCCAGUCACUCGCUUCCUGUGUUUCGUCCCUGCCGAGGCGCUUUCAUGGUCGAUGUCCACCGUGAGAAGCUCUCCAUGACUGAUGAGAAGAUGGGCGGCGAUGAGAUGACCCAGAAGAUACUGAAUGUCACCCUGGAGAUCAUCUACCUUCUGACUGGAGAGGAUUAUGGUCCCAUAAAGAAGUCCACCCAGCAUGGAGGACGGAGCGAGAUCCGGAGAGCCACAGCGGAGCCUCUGCCUUCCUCCCAGGGAAACCACAAGAAGAUCCUGGACCUGACCAACAAGAUCAUUGAGCUGCUGACGAGAGAGGUUCCUGUACGGUGUCAGGACGUCGCUGUCUAUCUUUCUGUGCAGGAGUGGAGGUAUUUAGAAGGACAGAAGGAUCUGUACAAGGACGUCAUGAUGGAGACUCAGCCGCCCGUCGCAUCACGGGAUAAGUCCAGUAAGAGAAACACAUCAGAGAGACGUCCCAGUACGGACGAUCCACAGGAGUGUAAAGAGGAGAGUCCCAGCGGCCCGGAGGAUGAUCAGGUUGAAAGCAUAACAGUGAUCAAGGUGGAAGCUGAAGAGACAGAGGUGGUGGAGGAUGAGCCGUGCAAGGAGGAGGAGGAGGAGACCCCUACAGAUAUCUGUCCAGGGAGCAUUGCUUGUCCUAGAAUCUCCCUACUCCAACUUGGUGGUCGCCACAAAGAGAAACAUAAGUCCAGUAAGAGAAACACAUCAAAGAGACGUUCCAGUAUAGAUGAUCCUCAGGAGUGUAAAGACGAAGGUCACAGCGUCCCGGCGGAUAAUCCGGGUGGAAGCUUAAAAGUGAUCAAAGUAGAACCUGAAGAGAUUGAGGUCUGGGGGAAUGGGCCGUACGAGGAGGAGGAGGCGGCCCCUAAAUCUGUCCAUCCAGAAUGGUCCAGUAAGAGGAAGACAUCAAAGAAACGACCCAGACUGGACAAUCCAAAGGAGCCUACAGAGGAAAAUCCCAGCGUCCCGGAGGAGGAUCAGGUUGGAAGUUUAAGAAUUAUCAAAGUAGAAACUGAAGAGGUGGGAGUUUGGGGGAAAGAGCCGCGUAAACGGAAGAAACGUUCAAAUGUCAGUCCAGCGUCGACCAUCUAUAGUAAUAUAUACACAUGCACGGACUGUGGUAAAGGCUUCCCCUUUAAAUCAAAGCUGAUUCUGCACAGACGGACUCACACGGGAGAGGCGCCGUAUUCAUGUCCUGUCUGCGGCAAAUGCUUUAAACAUAAAAUGACGCUCGUCGACCACCAGAGAAUCCACACGGGAGAGAAGCCCUUUGCCUGUUCUUUCUGUGGACAGAAAUUUACCCACAGGUCCACCGCUCAGCAGCACGAGAGGACUCACACGGGCUUCAAGCCCUUCUCAUGCUCUGAAUGUGGCCAGAGUUUCACCAUGAAAUCCUCGUGUGUCACCCACAUGAGGCUCCACACGGGGGAGAAGCCAUUCUCCUGCGCCGAUUGCGGUAAAUGCUUUGCUCAGAAAUCCGCCCACGACCAACACCGGUACCUUCACACUGGAGCGAAGCCAUACCCCUGUGCCGAGUGCGGGAAGAGCUUCUCGGGGAGGUCACUUCUUGCAGAACACGAGAGGACACACACCGGGGAGCGGCCGUUUUCAUGUUCUGAAUGCGGGAAAUCGUUUUCUCACAAAUCUACCCUGACCACACACAAGUUAACGCACUCGGGGGUGAAGAUGUUCUCCUGCUCUCAGUGCGACAAGUCCUUCACUACCAAAAAAGCUCUUGCAAGACACUUGCCAACCCACAGCGGGGAAAAGUAACUUUGCAAUUUGGCUUGUUUUAAAAAAAAUAAUCAAAUCAGUUUUUUGUAUACAGCUCCUAGGCAGAUCUAUGCAUCACCUUAGUUACAGGCUACAAACAACCCCCAUGUAGUCUGAUCCUGGAGCCAAGUGUUAAUUUCACUAGGGUGGAGUAAAACAAGAUCAGACUACACAGAGUAUGUUUGUAGUCUGUAACCAUGGAGACGCAUAGGUCUGCAGAUUUGCUGUUAUACUCAAAAUGGUAGAUGUUGAAUUACAACUAUUUGAAAAGUUGCUUAACUUUUUUUAAUGCGUGGUUAGAGCAAUAAGGAAAACUGUUGCAGAUGUAUACACACCCUUUAAAAUUAACUGGGGGGAAGAGGGGUGUUACCUACAUAUGAAGUCCAAUCCUUGCUGGACUAUUUAGAAACCAGAUCAAUGUACAGUAUAAAUCUUCGCAGAGAUGAUCUCCGCUGUAUCCCAAAUCCGGAGAUCAGA